UGUGUGUGUGUGUGUGUGUGUGGUGGUGGUGGGGGGGUUGGCUGGAAGUGUUUCAGCCAGAUAGUUGGAGUAGACACUCUUCUGCUUCCUGCCUGCCUGCCUGCCUGCCUCGCUCGCUUGCUCCCCGGCUGAGAGAGAGAGUGAGAGACAUCGAGAGAAAAUCCCUGUCUAGGCAUGGACCUCCGGCUGCAGCACUCGGCAGCUCGCGAGGAAUGACAACAGUUCACAUGGUCAUUAACUCCAGUCGCUGAGGCUGAAGGGAAAGCCGCACUGUGUAGCUCAGUGUCACAGGAGCACCGGGUGCCUCCUGUGUUCGGGACAGACAGCACAGCAGAGAGAGCGACGGGACCCUGGGAAACGAGAUCACUGACAGGAAGUGCCUUGUGAGACAAGAUCCUUACUUGAAUUGAAGAUCCUGGGCGUUUUUCCGAGGAGCUCCAGAUUGUUCCCUCUGCAGCCGCGAACACCCCUGACCUGUUUGUUGGUCCUCACCUGUGCUCAGAGUGAAGCGGUGGAGCUGCUGCACUGCUGGCCAAGGUGCCAAAGCUCAGAGAGAUUUUUAAACAAUAGAAAGCCACAAAGUUUGUGUCCCGAACUGUGCCAUCGCACCUCAAAAUAGCACCCCUUUUGCUCCACCCUUGCACAGAUAUCAUCACUCAUACAAAGGUCAUUUUUGGGGGACGUUGGUACAAGCAGUAGAGCUUGUCUCUGAGCAUGCCUUGUCAGAGGUCUGCACCUGAGACUUAACUGAUUGAUGAACAAUUAGCUGACAAACUCCACGACGAACAUUACAGUCCCAUGCUCCGGUCACAGAGACUUUGCCAGUCCAUUACCUCCACUCUCCUGUCCGCGAGGACAAACCUCAUCCGCUGACCUGAAGCUAGAUCAUUUAUAGCUGCAUGUUUUAGCUGCGUUUUCCUUUUAUUUUUUUCCACUGCAACACCUCCGCAGAGGAUAUCCUCCUCCCUAAAACCAAGUGGCUCCACUCCACCCCGGCUCCACAGCCAGUAGUGCCGCUGACAUGGCUCUAAACAUCGCCUCGAUACGGGACACAAAAUGGCUGACCCUGGAAGUGUGCCGGCAGUUUCAGAGAGGGACGUGUUCGCGCAGCGACGAGGAAUGCAAAUUCGCCCAUCCACCCAAAAGCUGCCAGGUGGAGAACGGACGGGUGAUCGCCUGCUUUGACUCGUUAAAGGGCCGCUGCACGCGAGAGAACUGCAAAUACCUCCACCCGCCCGCUCACCUGAAGACCCAGCUGGAGAUCAACGGGCGAAACAACCUGAUCCAGCAGAAGACGGCGGCCGCCAUGUUGGCUCAGCAGAUGCAGUUCAUGAUCCCCGGCACCACCAUGCAACCCGUGCAGACGUUUCCAACGUGCCAGGGCCUGGGCUCCACCGCAGGCCUGAGCUACGCACCCUACCUGACCCCCAUGUCCCACAGCAUGGGCCUGGUGCCCACCGACAUCCUGCCCAACUCCCCCUGCAUCGUCCCCGGCAGCCCGCCCAUCUCCGUCAACUCCGGCAACUCCUCCAACCAGAAACUGCUGCGUACCGACAAGCUGGAGGUGUGCCGCGAGUUCCAGCGGGGCAACUGCGCCCGCGGCGAGACCGACUGCCGCUUCGCCCACCCGAGCGACAGCCCCAUGAUCGACACCAGCGACAACACGGUCACCGUCUGCAUGGACUACAUCAAGAGCCGCUGCUCCCGCGAGAAGUGCAAGUACUUCCACCCUCCGGCCCACCUGCAGGCCAAGAUCAAGGCCGCCCAACACCAGGCCAACCAGACGGCUGUGGCCGCGCAAGCCGCCGCCACGGCUGCAGCCAUGACUCAGUCGACUGCCAAAGCAAUGAAGCGACCCCUCGAGGCAACUGUAGACCUGGCGUUCCCCCACGGCGUCCUCCAGCCGCUACCAAAGAGACAAGCGCUCGAGAAGUGCAACGGCUCCCUGUUCAACCCCAGUAUGUUGCACUACCAGCAGGCGCUGGCCAACGCACAGCUCCAGCAGCCCGCUUUCUUUCCCACAGGGUCAGUCUUGUGCAUGACUCCUCAUAGCAGUCUUGUCCCAAUGAUGUACAGUGCUACGCCUGCUACUGUCUCUGCAGCAACAACUCCUGCCACAAGUGUCCCCUACGCAGCAACAGCACCAGCCAAUCAGAUCAUCCUGAAGUAAUUUUCAGGAAGGCAACAGAGUGUCACGAAGCUGCACUAGGAAACCCAAAACAGCCCCUGUGUAAAUACUACCUUACCUCUCCCAUAGAGGUCCAGCAACCUGCAUGCUAAGAGUGUAACACUUCAAUUUAACCGUAAGAACUGCAGUGCCGGUGUAACACACACACACACACAUACACACAUUUAAAAAAAAGAAAAAGGAAAAAAAGAUAUAUACUGUAUGUAUUGCUAGAAAAAAAAACUAUUAACAUGAAAAAGUCAAAAAUAUCCUUAUGUAUAGUACAUACAUACAUAGCAGACACACUAUAGAGGUCAUUUUAACAACUGUUUCUCCAAAAGUACCGUGGAUCCCCCUCUCUCUUUCAUAUUUAUUCUAAGAACCGCUGCACAACGUUCAUCCCUUUGGUUAGUAAAAAAAAAAAGAAGAUUUGCACUAUAAGAGACAUAUAGUGCUUAAAGUUGAAGACAGGAAGAGUCACAGAAAAACCCGUGCACAGCCACACCGACGCACUUUUCAGGAGUGUUUUUUCGCGGUCUUUGCUUCUUCUCUCUCUACAAAGUUGAAUGUCCUCUGGGCGGACGGGCUCAUGUUUUCUUAAUGUGACUGUCCCUGCGAGGGUUUGCCCUCAUCUGCCCCAGAUGCUGUUAAGAUGCCAUGACGACGCUCAUCCUCCCCUCCUCCCCCCUUCCCUGCCAACUUGACAUCCCCGGAAACAUCUUGCCAAAGUUGAAGAUGGAAUCAACCAGAGCUACAUUUUAACAACCUGUUUUUUUUUUGCCAUUGCGAAAAGCUGCUCACGACGCACCCUUUAUUUGUUUCGGUGCUGGGUUCAGCACGGUGAGGGGGGAGGAGCAGCGGGAUGGAUUGUGCACGGAUUUCUGCAUGCAGUCGGGACUGGGGGGAAAGACAGAAGAUAGUCGUGGCCAUUUACCGAAAAAGCCUAAAGGCUCGGGUCCGUGCCAAGGGCUUUAACAAAGCUUGAGGGUUCGCCCCAGACACACCAAGCCUUGUGUGUGUGCGUGUUUGUGUGUUCGUAUCUGGAGACUGAUGGUCUGCCGGCAGACUGGGACUCGAAGCGAGGUCUAGCAGGCGAUGACGACACCAGGCCUGGGAGGAGAGGAGAGGUUUUUUUGGGGGUGGGUGGGGGGAUUUAAGUGCUAAGACUAAACACAAAAAAAAAAAAAACGGUGCAUUUGACGACGCUCGUCAAGCAAAAAGAUGACUUGAACUUCGACUGGAGGGCUAUCUGUGACCGUCGGUUGUCCUGUCCAACCCUACUAUCACCGAUAAUCCUGUUCCAUUUUAGAAAACUGUAGAAGUGCCUAAAAAAUGCUCAUCAACAACACAUUCAUCCAGAAGUGUAUCACUAGAAAAGUCACAAACAACGCCGGCUGUCGGGAAGCUAAAAAAGAGAAAAAUGGACUUUUAUCGGGGACGACAUCACAUUUCGUUACUGGAAACGAGUAACAACGUUCAUUAACAUCACAAGUGACUUUAUCGAAACGAAAAGAAGUUAAAGACAAAUCAAAAAUAGCUUUGUAGAAUGUUUGGUGUACCAUCGUUUCUUACCAUGGUUUGAGUAGUUUACAUGAGGAACGUGAGUGAGAAAAAAACUGUAUUGUAAACUGUGUAAUGUAUGUAAAGUGUCUCUUAUUUUGAGAGUUUAUAUUCAUGGUUCUAGAAAAUGUAUUCAAAGUUAUUUAAAAAUUUGUGUUGUGUCUACUAUCAAGGUAUUUUUGAACCCCCCCGAAAUCCUCCACCAUCUCCACCUCCACCCACAACAAUCAUUUGUCUUUUAGCCAAGAUUGUUUUAUUGUUUUUAGACCGACCCUCACAUUAUUUUUUAAUUUAACGCAUACUAAAUUCCCAUAUUUCAAAAAAUUCUGAUGUAAUUUCAUGGUGCUUGAUUAACAUCGACAAUCCACAAUCAUACCUUGGAACAAGAGCGCUUCACUCUGGUUUUCCGUUUCAUCCACUCUUGAUUGUCACACGCAUUAUGAUUUGUAUGUAAUAUUCGUGGAAAGGUGGUAAAAGUUUUAUUUUGUUGUAAUUUAUCUUACGUUACUCUUGGUCAAAUUUUAGUCAGAAACGAUGUUGUUAACUAUUCUAUUUUGAAAUGAAUGUAAUUUAUUGAGCUGUGCUGCGUUCUGCACGGUUGGUCAUUUCAAGGUCUAACCUGUCAGGUCAGCGAAUGAGAAGCGGCGCACGUCUGAGGGGGCGGGGCUUAAAAGUCGAAACCCACCAAUGGAAAGCUACUGGAUCUUUCUUGCCUUCUCAUCGAUUUAAAAAGAUCACGGUGUUGCAGUAAUGAGCAUAGUCAUAGAGUUGCUUGUGUUGUUGGACAAAAAAAAAUGUUUAUUGUAUAGAUGACAUUUUACCAAAAAAAAGAGAAGAAAAUUUCAAAAAAGAUGUACUUUUCACUCUAGUUAUAAUAGUAUUUCAUAACAAUAUUAAGUUGUUGCUGUGGCAACCAAAUGUUGCAAUUACUAAAGUUCGGUAUUUUUGUAAAUGACAUUGUUAAGUUGAUUUUUUUUUGUUUCUUUUUUUGCUAGAACACUGUACACAAGGUAGAUUGUAAAGAAGACAUUUCUUAUUCUUCACUGAGAUUAUGACAAUGACCUAAUAAUAUUUUCAUUAGCAAAUAACAGCCUGUAUAGUGCUGUGACUGUAACACUUAAAAUAGAUUUAAAGUCAUCACGUUACAUAGAUUAUAUAUAAAUAUAAAUAAAUAUAUAUAUAUAAGAACUAAAUAUAAAUUAAUAAGCUCAGAUGUACAACUCUUCCCCUGACAAAGGACCUUUAGGUUCCACACUUUUAUUCGAGGCGUAUGUAUCACUAGAGUUAAGGAUUGCACUUUUCAUAUUGUUUAAAGAUGUGAUCUGUUUUUCAUUCCCUUUAAGGGUUUAGAGGUUUCUGCACCCUGCUAGUACAGCAAAUCUGUUUUAUCAAUCAAAAGCAGAUCCCACCGGGUAAAUAACUUUAAUUGAUGCAUGAUAAAACAUUUUCUUUUCUUACUAAACGUACUGAAUGUUUCUAGUGGAGAAAAAACACACGAAAUGUCCUCAUUUGGUGACCCACAAUGCCCUUGGAGUCCUCUUGAGGUGUAAUGUUUUUUUGUUUUUUUAAAUGUGUUGGCAAUGAUUGACUGAUGGAAAAUAUGUAAGCACUUUCUGAGCAGUUGGUCAACUGAGCAGACUCAGCUUAUCCAAACACUUUGCCUUAUCUUGAGUCCAUCGUGCUUAAGGUUUUCUGUUUUUAAGAGCUCUUAUGAAAUUCAAACCCCUUCUCAGUUUCAUUUCAAAUAUCUUUAUAUCUAAAAAAAAUCAUUUUUUUAAGGGUUUUAAUGUGCACAUCACAAGGCCAAAAUGAGGGGGACUGCAACAGAGUGAACAGUCAUUGAUCUUUUCUUCUGGUCUCCUUGAAUCUGUAGUAGAUCUUUUUUGUCCCAUUGCCUUACAAUGGAACUGUAUGGAGCGCGUAAUUCACAGCUUUAGCCAGCAGAGGGCGCUACACUGGAGACCUACAGGGUCUGACUGCCUGUGCCAUCAUUGUUGCAGUGCACCCCCCCCACCACCAACAAAAUAAAGACAUAAAGUUAAAUUAACAAGAAGACCCUCAUCGGAUUUAUAGUUUCAAUGUAAUCAUUUUUAAAUGUAUUCUUUUUUCUUUCUUUUUUUUGCAUAUAUUUUGUGCUAUUUUAUGUUUCUAUAGUCAAAAUGUUUCUUUGGUUCCAGCAAGAUAGUGUAAAAUCUAUUGAAAGAAAGAAAUAAAGAAAAUCAAAGAAAA